UCGACGCGAACACACGCACGCCUUGCGCUCCCGCGGCCGGGACACGCGCGACGCGAUCGCCAACUACAUCCCUUUUUGUUUAUUUUUCGCGCGCGUCUUUCGAGUCGUUUUUUAUAUCGGAGGCAGCGAGAAGAAGGUAGCAAGGAGGCGCGGAUGGAUCUAGCUGCCGGAGAAGAUUGGUGCAGGCCGCGCGGAUAGCCCCCGCCAGCCUUCGCCUCACCGUGCAACACAACGACGAACAACCAAGAGCCACGCAAGCCUCAAACCAAAGCCUCCAGUCAUAUCUUUCGUUUCAAAAAUUUUUAUAUAAGCACUAUUUUUUAAAACCUUUUAACGAUUAACUUUACGACAAAAUAGUAUACGCUAACUCCCAAACAGUACAAAUUAAUUUAAGUCUGAAAUGAUCGGUAUUUACAAUAAGAGAAGCCUUGAAGAAAAAUUACGAAGAAAAAACUAUCAACGACCAGUAUUUUAACGUUCCAAAAUAAUAAUAGAUCGUUGAACGAGUGCACAAAAGAUUUUAUUAAUAGUUAAAAAAUAAAUAAAAAAACGUACCAAUUCCUCGAGCAUUCUCUAAAAAAAAAGUCAGCCAAAGAUUUUUAUAAGUAGUUAUUAAGACUCCAAUAAGUUAUCUGCCUGUUGUUAAGGACUUUUUAUAUAAUUUAUUUGAUAGUGAGAUAACGAAUAUAUUGUGAUUAGUGUAGUGUUAACCGGUGUGCCGUAUAAUCGUUAAUUAAGUGCUAUUUAGUAUAAGGUGGACAUAACGAAGCCAGUUCGAAGAGUACAAAUUACCAAGUUCCAGAUCAGUUCAGAGUGUUCAGUACAACGUAUAUAGACUUAGUAGAGCUUAUAUUAUUAAGAUAGAAGUGUUUAAGAGUGACGGGAUGAGGUUGCGUCGUGUGAAGACAUGAGCGAUACGCUCAGGAGCGAGGCGGGCGCGGAUAGCGCGCACUUACCGCCCUUCUCGACCUUCGGUGAAAUGGCGGAGAACGAGCAGAGGAUCCUGACGGCCGACGCCAGGCUGCUGGAUCCCGCGUGGGAGUACUACGAGAGGACCGGGGACACAGUCUCCGUCAUCGCCAGCCAGCCGCAGUACCGCCCCUGGGAGUCGAUGCCUAUCACGGUCAAUUCCAAGGAUGCAAUACUACGGGCGGGUUUCUCAUCUCCUCUCGAAUACCAGUCGAUUACGUUACAACCGAUACCAAACAAGCUACCGUCCUUCCAAAGCCAAUUUCAGACGUUCCCAGAGACCACAGUCAUACCGGAGACUGGUCUGCCGAGUGUGACGCCAGUUCCUGUCACCACGAGCCCCACACCCAGCGCGAGUCCUAGUCAGUUAACCCAGCUCACGCAACUAACGACACCUUCAUCGCCAGCACAUUUAACUACCUUGGCCCAGGUGGCGCCCUUGUCCAGUACUUUGACUACGCUGUCACCGGUCAAUGCAACGACAUUCCACACUCUCACCGCUGUGAACGCUCGGAGUUACCCAAUCGUUCCGGCGCCCUUACAAGCCAGAGAGCUAGCACCGACAGGCCAAGCGUACAUUGACGACCGACACAUACAGCUUUACCAACCGAAUAUUGCAACCAUUAACGCAUUUCCGACACAAAAUGGUAUACUGCAUCAGAACGGGGCGCUUCUACACCAGAACGGUAGCUUAAUACAGAACAUUCAAAGUCCAACAGUCGUUCAUGUAUUGAAAAACGAGCCGUUCGAUAUGAAAUCAUUACAAGACAAGUACACGCCGAACGGGCUGCAUCACAGUAAUUUUCAAAAUCCAAUGUUAAUUGAUAAUAGCUACGAGAAGAAAGUGAACGGUUUCGGGAGUGGUUCAUCGCCGACCAGGUCGGACUUCAGGAAAAAGGAGAGACGGAAAAUGAGAGCGAAUAGCUCGGAAUCAGACUGUUCUAAUAUGGAGAUGGGUUCAGAGAGUAGUGGACAGGUGGCAGCGGUGUCAUCCACAGCAGGGUUCAAGUCCCCGAUGCACGGCGCGCCGCCAAUGAACACGGGACCCAUGGAACUCGACGACAUAUCCAGCGAAAAACAGACUAAAAAGAAAAGAAAGAGAUGUGGCGAGUGUAUAGGCUGCCAACGAAAAGAUAACUGUGGUGACUGCGCUCCGUGCAGGAACGACAAGUCACAUCAGAUAUGCAAGCAAAGAAGAUGCGAGAAGCUGACGGAGAAGAAGCUUAUUUUGGCGCCGGACGGGACGCUGCAGACGGUCAAGAGCGAGUCGCGGCGAGGACGCGGCAGAGGGCGCUCUACCACUACACCCAAUCCAUUUGCAUUCUUAUUAGAUUCCGUUAUGAAGACAGAUCGCGAUGAAGACGAGCUCUACCUCACAGGACGAGCGUUAACUCCACCGGUGGAUUCAAUACGAACUAAGUCUAAUAAGGAAUAUAUGAUGGAAUGA